CUCCGUCUCCUCCCUAACAGAAGUAACAGAACAACCCAACGGCGGCUCGUUUCUUAAACCUAAACCAAAAUUUCUCCCCUGAGCUUCACAAAAUUCCCCGAGAAUUCUGCUCCUCCGCUCAAUCCAUCUCCUCAAAUCUUUCCUCGCUUCUUCGGAGAAAUACCAACCCUAAUGGCUCUCUCCUCAUUCCCUUCAUCGCCCAACGAAACCCUCUCCUUCCUCCUACUUUCUAACUUCCCAACAUUCCCAUACCUUACUGUUACUCUCCCUUCUUCUUCCUGGUAUUCUUUCAGAUAUUUUUGUAGUUUUUUGCGACUGAAACCCGAUUUUCAAUCCAACGUGGAAGGGAUAGUUCGAUUGAGCGAGCUUGUUGUUUUGGAGGAUUUAGGGAUUAGUUUAAUUACUAGAGUGAUUUUGGGGAAAAGCUUGCUAUCAAGAAAUGAGUUUCUUAUCUUGUUUUUCAUUCGAAGGAAGGAAGAAAGCAAGGAAGUAUGAUGCAAGGAGGAUGGCGGCGCGGCCGCCGAGGCCGGCGCGAUCUGUUCCGGUUUCCAAGCAGCAGGGUGAAUCUGGUACCAAGAAAGGUUGUGGCUGUUAAGCAGCUGGAUAGAAAUGGACUCCAAGGUAACAGGGAGUUCCUUGUAGAGGUACUCAUGCUUAGCCUCCUCCAUCACAAUCACCUCGUCAAUCUCAUCGGAUACUGUGCUGAUGGAGACCAAAGGCUUCUGGUUUACGAGUACAUGGCUCUUGGCUCUUUAGAAGACCAUUUGCUUGACAUAUCACCUAAUCAAACACCUCUCAGCUGGUCGACGAGAAUGAAGAUAGCAUUCGGCGCCGCGAAAGGCCUCGAAUAUCUGCACGAAAAAGCCAAUCCUCCGGUAAUAUACCGCGAUCUCAAAUCAUCAAACAUCUUGCUCAAUGAAGACCAUAUUCCAAAGCUUUCUGAUUUUGGCCUUGCUAAGCUCGGCUCUCUCGAUGAGAAGGCGAAUGUAUCAUCGAGAGUGAUGGGCACCUAUGGCUAUUGCGCGCCGGAGUAUGCUCGGACGGGCCAACUCACUGUUAAGUCAGAUGUGUAUAGCUUCGGAGUUGUGCUUCUAGAGCUUAUCACGGGCAAAAGAGUCGUAGACACAAUGAGACCAACUAAGGAGCAAAAUCUAGUUGCUUUGGCACAACCAAUAUUGAAGGAUCAAAAGAGAUAUUUGGAGCUGGUUGAUCCCCGUCUAAAAGGGACCGUCCCUUUAAGGGGUCUAAACCAGGCGGUGGCAGUCGCCGCUAUGUGCCUCCAGGAGGAGGCUUCGGUCCGGCCAGUCAUGGCAGACGUCGUGGUUGCUCUCAGCUACCUUCAAGAAUUGCCGAGCAAUGUGGUUGAAGAGAGCUCCGGCCAUCGUCAGCCUCUCGCGAAACCGCGAGAAGAUGACACUCCUAACAUCCAUGGAAUACUUGACGAAGAGACAACCAUAGACCGCCGCCGCGUUGUUGCAGAGGCCAUCCGUUGGGGAUCAAACAAUUCGAGAGAUGGUCAGAGGUCGCGCUGUGGAACCGGUCCUCUGUAAGCUAUGCUCAUGAAAGGAAAGAAAUAUUGCAUUCGAAGUUCCAAUGCAAGCAGAAUAACAUAUUCUGUUAUUCGGACGUAAUAUUUUCUCCAUAAAAGGGCCCUGACAUGCAUCUAUUCACAAUCCACAUC